AUGGAUAUCAUCAAAAACUACAAGUUGAAAAAUGGUAGGGUCUAUCGGAUUUUGGAUGCAGACACAAUCAGAUGGGUGGUACCAAAAGGGGCGCGUUGGCAGAUUCUGAAAGCUAAUCAUGAUAACGUAGGUCAUUUUGGGUUUGCAAAAACUUUAGACCGAAUACAAGCCAUGUAUUGGUUCCCCAAGAUGAGAAGAUUCGUAAAAAAAUACGUCAGCGCGUGUUUAGAAUGUGCCCACCAUAAAACAACUGGUGGACUAAAAGUAAAUAGUUUCCAUCCAAUUCCUAAAAUUGACAUACCCUUCCACACUAUCCAUGCCGACCAUUUAGGCCCUUUCAAUAAGAGCAAACGAAGGAAUAGCUAUAUUCUAGUCAUAGUCGAUGCCUUUACCAAAUUUGUUAAUUUAACAGCAGUGCAAAAUACGAAAUCUACAACAACUAUUCGAAUAUUUAAAGAACAUUUUAGUUAUUUUGGAACUCCCGCUAGACUUAUAACCGAUCAGGGUACAACCUUUACAAGCAAAAAGUUUCGGGACUUUAUAGUUUCUAAGGGUAUUAAACAUGUCCUUAACGCUGUCGCCACCCCUAGAGCGAAUGGCCAAGUAGAGCGGUACAAUCGCACAAUUCUGGCUGCACUCGGCGCAAUGACCCACGAAAAGCCUAUAAAUGUGUGGGAUGAUUACCUGCCUGACGUUCAACUUGGAAUCAAUACCACUGUUCAUGCCAUUACGAAAAAAACUCCAACAGAGCUUUUAUUUGGCCAUAGAAUUACAAAUCCUUCCGAAGGGAUCCUUAAUGACAUCAUCGAGGACGUUAAUGAAAAUGAAGUUACCCCUAACUUAAACACCAUCAGACAGGGUGCAAAGCUUCUUAUAGAUAAGCAGCAACAUAAAUGUAAAGAACGAUCCGAAACUCGCGUGAAAAAUAACAUAGCCCUUAAGGUAGGCGAUCUUGUAAGUGUUUUGAGAACUAUCCCUAGCCAAGAAGGGCAGUCUCGUAAGUUAGAACCAAAAUUUAGGGGCCCUUAUCGAAUUAAAAAAGUUUUACCGAAUGAUAGGUACAUUAUUGAAGAUACACCACUAACAAAAAAGGGUAGACUUUAUGAAGCAAUUGUUGCAAUUGAUAAGUUGAAACCAUGGCUAAAUUUUCAGAGUGCCAAUGAUGAUAGUGAUGGCUCAAACAGUAGCAGUAAGGACGAUGAUGACCAAAGUUAUUGA